GAUACACGUCGAUCUGCCAGGUUUCUGCGAUUCUGGUCGCGGGGGAAGAAAGUAAUUAUUCGGUGCCGGCACGAUCAUCAAGCGGCAUCGCUUUCAACACCGAGCUCAGGGAGGAGGAGAGAGCUUUCCACGAUGGCUGAUGACAAUAAAAGUAAGGACGGUGCCAUCCGCCAUCCAGUUGGGCGACACCCUCUCUUUGGACCGAGUCUUUUGGCGCCACUCGCAACUGCUGACGAUUGACAGAACACUGGGGCUCCUCCAGUCAGCACCGUCAAUACUUGCCGAACGAUUACAAAAUCAUGGAGGAAGAGGUUGAAGCGCGUAUAGGGAAGGGCUCAACGAGGGUGGUCUCGGACGGCUCCUUGAACAUAGCAUCGUACGAGACCAUGACCCGGUUUCCCCCCCUCUGGCGUUCCCAGCCGGCUACACCAACACACGGAUUGCCCAGUUAUUAUCACAACCAGCCGGCGUCCGGACUUUCCCAACCGUUUGGGUCACAGUACCUAGCAGCGGACGAAUAUCCGGGAGUUUUUACAGAGAGGCAUCUCAUUACGGCAGGUUUCGACAAGCAUACACAGGCAAAUGCUAGUCAUAUCAGUAAGCAGGCUGAGGCCGACUUGGUGAGGCGAAUGGAGGCCGUGGAAUUGCGCUCCUCAGAGGAGCAGAUGGAGCGCAUCAUACUCAAGUCGAGAUUGGAUAAGACGACCAGCGAGCUCGAGCGCGUCGUCGAAGAGCUGGGUGGUAAGUCCAAAUCAACCGGGCCAUGCCAACCCCCACGUGCUAACUGCUCUGACAAUUCAGAUCUGAGAUCUCACUUGGCUCGACUAGCCCCAGUGGGAAGACAGGGUGAAAAUCCUUCUAAUCAGCUACGUCACACAGGUCCGGCUUCGAGGACUGGGUAUGCUGGGUAUGAUACCUCAUCUCGAGGGAACUACGAACACGAUUUAGACGAGGGGACGGACGUGACCGGUGGGCUUGGUGUGAGGAAAACAGCGAUCCUGGCCCAGAAGAGGCCGUCUCUUGGCACAGACGAUGGAGUCGCAGAAACCGGCGCGAAGCGGGCGAGAAGGACGCACCACUACGCCACCGCCGAGGAGGGCUCGGACGGCCGUGACGACGGCCUUGAGUGGGGACGCGAGUUCUUGAACUUCAUCAAGGAGAUGGACUGCACCUCGGACGAGGAUCUGCUACGUCUAAAGAGGUACGUCAGGGGCAGGGCCGCGUUCGAGUUCCCCCUGUGCAGCGAAACGGGCGGCUCGAGGGUGGAGUACUUCCUCAAGAUCGGCGGCGUGUCGAGCACGCUGAUUGCCGCAGACCCGCACGACCGGCCGGAGCAGCCGAAGGAGGACGAGGCCAGGGCCGAGGAGCUCAACGUGCUCGAGUUCGCCGUGGACGAGCGGAUGGCCCGGCGCGGCGCGGCGGCUCAGGAGGGAGGCGGCGGCAGCGGCGGGGGCCCGGACAACAAGGACGGCGACCACGACGACGACCACGACGGAAUCGGGCUGCCCGAGUACCUGGUGCCCCUCGGCGAGGUGUACGUGGCGAACCGGUCGCUCAACCGGCCGCAGGAGGUGGCGUCCACCAACUUCUUCGUGCUCAUGCGGGUGGACGCGCCCAAGAAGAGCCUGUGGAUGGUCUACCGCUACAUGCGCUCGUUCCAGCGGAGGAACGGGCCGGUCUGGGACGCCGUCGCGUUCGGCAACCAGCGGGACGCGCACUUCAAGGGCAGCCGCCGCAUGUUCGACACGGUCUGCCUCCUGGACGACGUCAGGGACUGGAAGGAUCCCGCCGAGGACAUGAUCAGCAUGGAGCGUCUGGCCAACGCCGUGCCGGGCGACGAGAGGUUCUUUCUCCAGCCCGUCUUCUUCGUGCCGGUGCUCACGGCCCUGCGGGAGGCCCUGAGGAAGGGCUGGGAGGAAGCAGAAGAUGACAAGUAGGUAAGAGGUAUUCAGAGGUGUUGUUGCUGUUGUUGGUUGGCGGUGGGUGGCUUUGCGGGAGAGAGGUCUCGAGACGAUUGUGAUGGAUGUGGAGUGCUGUAUCCGUAUGUAUGUACAAACUUAAGAGGACGCGCCAGCUGAUGGCUGAUUCGAGAGCUUUCGAGCGGCCCGCUGGCAGCAUCUCGUGCGCCUGGAGGAGCCAUGUCGGGCUUAUUAUUACAUAGUAAGCAGCAGAUCAACGGGGUCUGAUCAUACCAUACCCACAUU